CACACACACUAUCUCUCUCUCUCGCUCUCUCGCUCUCUCUCUCUCUCUCUCUCUCUCUCUCCCUUUGCUGCUCCCCUGUUUCCUGCUGUUUUUUCAUCCCUUCCUCAGAGCCAUCUCACUCCCGCUCCCAACCAGAAUCUACAAACCAGCUCUUCAAGGAAAUGGCUUCCAAACAGCAAAUUGGCUACAAGUGUCGCAUAGCUGGAGUGCUGCUUCUCCUCUUGGCUAGUAUUGCUGCCCUUGUUGCUGUUGCCGUCAUCCAGGACACCUGGAUGUCCAAAGAGUAUAGCCUAGAGUAUGGCAUAGUGAUAGACUCAGGUUCAUCACGUUCCAAUGUGUACCUGUACAAGUGGCCAGGGGAGAAGCAGAAUGAAACCGGAGUGGUGACUGAGAUAAUGAACUGUAAAGUUGCUGGUGAUGGCAUCUCAGAGAUGAAAGUUGACCCACAGAAAGAUGCCAAAUCAUGGAAGGGAUUCAAAGAAUGCAUGGACAACAUCACCAAAGCCAUUCCUACUAAAAAACAUGAAACCACACCUCUGUUUCUGGGAGCUACUGCUGGAAUGAGACUGCUACAUGAGAAGGAUGAACAGAGGUGCAAUGAAAUCCUGGCAAGUCUCACAGCAUACUUGAGAUCUUUGCCUUUCAACUUCCAUAAUGCUUCCAUCAUUACUGGUCAAGAAGAAGGGCUGUAUGGGUGGGUCACUGUCAACUACCUCAUGGGAAACUUCCUCGAGAAAAACCUUUGGAAUACCUAUGUACACCCAGAAGGGAAAAAUACUGUAGGGUCCAUGGACCUCGGUGGGGCGUCAACACAGAUCGCCUUCGCUGUCCAGGAUGAUCUCAGCGGGCCUGACUACUUGCAUGUCAAACUGUACGGUUACCCUUACAAUGUCUACACACACAGUUUCCUCUGCUAUGGCAAAAACGAGGCUUACAAAAGGGUUCUGGACAAAGUAGUUCAGGAAUCAUCUGACCCAACCUACAUUAUAAACCCCUGCUACCCUGAAGGUUUCAACACCACCCUCAAGGCCUCAUACAUUUAUGACACAGAGUGCACAAAAAAGCCUAACGGCUACAACCCACAUCAAGAACUCUUCUUGGUGGGAACAGCUGACCCAGACAAGUGCGGCAGCAUAGUGAAGUCCAUAUUUGAUUUCAAGACUUGUAACUCAUCCCAGUGUUCCCUCAACGGGGUCGAGCAGCCACCCGUCACUGGAGAUUUUAUGGCAUAUGCAGGAUUCUUCUUUACUUCUAGGGCGCUUGGGAUGAAUGGAACAUCAGAUCUGGAUCAAUUCAACGCCUCAAUUACGAAAUUCUGCAACACAAAUUGGACAGAACUAAGUGCAAAAAAGGCAUGGAUAGCUGAAAGAUAUCUUAAGACUUACUGUUUUGCAGCUCACUAUGUCUUCACUUUGCUGGCGGAUGGAUACAAGUUUGACAAAGAGACAUGGAAAAACAUUAACUUCGAAAGAGAGGCAAAGAACACCAGCAUAGGUUGGAGUUUGGGCUACAUGCUGAGUAUGUCCAACAUGAUCCCGUCUGAAGUGAAAUAUACCCCCCCCAUGACGGACCCCGUCUUUGCCGGCCUCGUCUUUCUAUUUUCAGCACUUACUAUCAUAACUGUUGUCUUUGUUUUCAUCAUCCUCAUUCGCACCUGCUAUUGAGAGUGUACAUUACAAAAGGAAUGAUCUGCCAUUGUAAGCCUUGGCGUCUACUGUUAUCCUGUAAGUAGAGGGACAGAGCUACAGCAGCAUGUGCCAAGGAUCUACUAUAGUUAAAGUUACUGAACUACUGAAAGUUACUAAUGAAUGCCUUUUAUUUCAAUUAUGAGUUUUUUAUGACAACUGAAGAGCCUCAAAAUGAAAACCUCAUUUUGUACCUCAGGGAAACUCGCGUAGAUUUAAAUAAUGGGAUGUUUUUAGUUUUACUCUUCCAAGCUCCACUAAAGGAAAAUAGUGUUGUUUUACAGACAAAAACAGGUGAUACAGCCUGAUGAUGAAAGAGCACCCAGAAAUGUCCAUGUGCUCCUUCUUGUCGCACAUUGUGUAAUCAAUGUGCAUUGAAAGCAUGAAAAAUAGAAGUACACACAACAAUACUCCACAUUUACGGAAUAAAAACCACCUUAAUAAAUAAUGUAUUGAGUGUG